AUGGGUGACUUUUCGAAAGCAUUUGAAUUUUAUGAAACAGCACAUAAAAGUAUAGAAAAAACUUUGCAUGUAAAUCAAUCCGGUUUGGCUGCUUCCUACAGCAAUAUCGCUGGAAUGCAUCACGACAUGAAUAACUAUCCGAAAGCACUUGAAUUCUACGAAAAAGCAUAUAAAAUCUGGGAAAUGACUCUGCCUUCUAAUCAUCCAGAUUUGGCUCUUUCCUACAACAACAUCGCUGGAAUGUAUCACAAGAUGGGUGACUUCUCAAAAGCAACUGAAUUCUUCGAAAAAGCACAACAAAUCUGGGAAACAACUCUGCCUCAGAAUCAUCCCUCAUUGGCUAUUUUCUACCACAACAUCGGUGUAAUGAAUUACAAUACGAAUCACUACUCGAAAGCACUUCAAUUUUUCGAAAAAGCGCUUAAAAUCAAAGAAAUAGUUCUGCCUUCUAAUCAUCUCGAUUUGGCUACUUCCUGCAGUAACAUCGCUCAAGUAUAUUACAACAUGAAUGACUACUCGAAAGCACUUGAGUUUUACGAAAAGGCACAUAAAAUCACAGAAACAACACUGCCUUCUAAUCAUCUCGAUUUGGCUACUUCCUACAACAACAUUGGUGCCGUGUAUUACAACAGAGGUAACUAUUCAACAUCACUUGAAUUUUUGAGAAAAGCACAUAAGAUCAAAGAAAUAGCUCUGCCUUGUAAUCAUCUCGACUUGGCUCUUUCCUACAACAACAUUGGUGGAGUGUAUUACAACAUGCGCGAUUACAUAAAAGCACUUGAAUUUUUUGAAAAAGCUCAUACAAUCUGGAAAACAGCUCUGUCUCCAAACCAUCCCGAUUUAGCUACUUCUUACUGCAACAUCGGUCAAGUGUAUGACAACAUGGAUGACUACUCGAAAGCACUUGAGUUUUACGAAAAAGGACAUAAAAUCAAAGAAAUAGCUCUCUCUUCUAAUCAUCCCGAUUUGGCUCUUUCCUACUACAACAAUGGUAGAAUGUAUUACAACAUGGAUGACCACUCGAAAGCACUUGAGUUUUACGGAAAAGCUCAUCAAAUUUGGGAAACAGGUCUGCCUUCGAAUCAUCCCGAUUUGGCUACUUCCUACAACAAUAUCGGUGCAGUGUAUUACAAUAGGGGUAACUACCUGAAAGCAAUUGAAUUUUUUGAAAAGGCACAUCAAAUCUGGGAAACAGCUCUGCCUCCUAAUCAUCCCGAUUUGGCUCUUUCCUACAACAACAUCGCUGGAGUGUAUGGCAAUAUGAGUGAUCACUCAAAAGCACUUGAAUUUUUCGAAAAAGCUCAUAAAAUCUGGGAAACGGCUUUGCCUCCAAAUCAUCCAGAUUUAGCUACUUCUUACUGCAACAUCGGUCAAGUGUAUGACAACAUGGAUAAUUACUCGAAAGCACUGGAGUUUUACGAAAAAGCACAUAAAAUCAAAGAAAUAGUUCUCUCUUCUAAUCAUCCCGAUUUGGCUCUUUCCUACUACAUCAAUGGUAGAAUGUAUUACAAAAUGGAUGACUACUCGAAAGCACUAGAAUUUUACGAAAAAACACAUCAAAUUUGGAAAAUAGCUCUGCCUUCGAAUCAUCCCAAUUUGGCUACUUCCUACAACAACAUCGGCCAAGUGUAUUAUAACAUGCUUGAUUACACGAAAGCACUUGAAUUUUUCGAAAAAGCUCAUAAAAUCUGGGAAACAGCUCUGUCUCCAAAUCAUCCCGAUUUGGUGACUUCCUACAAAAAUAUCGGCACGGUGUAUAAUUGCAUUGGUGAUUAUCAAGCAGCUCUUAAGGCUGUUCAAAAUGCUUUGGAAAUUCAACAAAAGACUUUUCAAGAAGGUAAUAGAGCUUUUGCUUCUACAUAUAGUUUGUUUGGAGGUGUGUAUCGUAGUAUGAAAGAUUACUCCAAGGCACUAUUGAAUCUUGAAAAAAGUGUCACAAUACUACAGCAAACAUUACCUGAAAACCAUCCCGACAAGGCUGUUGGGUACAAUGCUCUUGGUGAUGUUCAUCGAUUAAUGGGUGAUUAUCAAAAGGCACUUACAUUCCAUCAGAAAGCAUUAAAUAUUCAAGAAAAUGUUCAAUGUAAUCCUCUUCAAUGUGCAACGACAUAUACAAAUUUAGGUGAAACUUAUCGUGAAAUGGAAGAUUAUUCUACAGCAUUGUCAUAUUUUCAAAAAGGAUUAGAAAUACGAGAAAGGAAACUACCAAAAAGUCAUCCUGAUUUAGCUGUAGUCUUUCAUAAUAUGGCAAAAUUAUAUUUAUCUACUCGACAAUAUAAUAUGGCAAUGAAAAAUGUUCAACAAGCGAUAGAAAUCGCUCAAGAAAAAUUACCUUCAACUCAUCCUCAUCUUGUGGAAUAUAAAGAAACAUAUGAAAAACUUCAAAAGGAGCUGUAG